GUUUACUUCCGGUUUUGAAGACGAUUAGCUGCGUCUUGCGUCUCCCAUUGUUUUGGAAUAAGGUUGUGGUGCUAAUGAAGAAACAGCCUGGGUUAGAGAUAUAAUGAGUGAAUGACGUACAGAUACUUUAUCAUACUUUACUAUCCGGAGUUGUUAAAUUUUCCACAUAUAUAGAGACAUAUUUAAAGAUUCAUAAGAUGGAUUCAAAGCAGUAAUAUGGGAAACCAGUUGACAGGAAUAGCUCCCUCUCAGAUUCAACCAGUGGACCAAUAUCUGACAGACAUCCAGGAUUAUCAGUAUGAAAACAGUUUGGGGAGUACACGAUUCUUUAAAGUUGCCAGGGCUCGGACAAAAGAAGGAUUGGCUGUCGUGAAAGUCUUUGUAAUUCACGAUCCUUCUCUGCCACUGGCUUCUCACAGGAACAAGUUAGAGGAUAUUCACAUCAGACUCCAGGGCAGCACCUCUAAUUGUCUACCAUUCCAGAGGGCCAUACAAUCUGACAAAGCAGCCUUGAUUUUCCGGCAGUAUGUUAAGGACAGUUUGUAUGACAGAAUCAGCACACGUCCAUUCCUGAACAAAAUUGAGAAAAAAUGGCUAGCUUUCCAGCUAUUGUGUGCCCUGAAUCAGUGUCAUAAAAUCAAAGUUUGUCAUGGUGACAUAAAGGCAGAAAACGUGAUGAUCAGCAGUUGGAAUUGGCUUCUCCUUACUGACUUCGCCAGCUUCAAACCAACGUAUCUACCAGAGGAUAAUCCUUCAGAUUUCUCCUACUUUUUUGACACAUCACGAAGAAGAUGCUGUUACAUAGCACCUGAAAGAUUUGUAGAGAGUGGAUUGAAGAACCAAGAAGGUCAAGGCCAGACUAUUGAUUUGACUUCAGGUGAUGAGGUCAAAGCAGGUGACCUUACUCCACCAAUGGAUAUAUUUUCUGCAGGGUGUGUGAUUUGUGAGUUAUUUUCCAGGUGUGUGAUUUGUGAGUUAUUCACGGAGGGCACUCCACCGUUCGAUUUCUCCCAGUUACUAGCCUACAGAAAUGGAGAGUAUAGUCCCUGGAAAGUCCUAGAAAAAAUUGACGACAAUUACAUCAGAGAUUUGGUUCGUCACAUGAUUAAAAAGGACCCCUCCCACCGUCUCUCAGCAGAGGAGUAUAUGAUUCAGCAGAGGGGCAAGGCCUUCCCAGAGUACUUCUACACAUUUCUCAAGAUCUACCUCCAGCAGUUUGUUUCCACCCCAGUCAUUCCUCCCGAUGACAGAAUUAGCAAGAUUAAAAGGGAUUUCCCGAGGAUUAUAAAGAGUCUUUGUCCUCAGGAAGAAAGGUCUGAAGAGAAUGUCGGUCUGGUCCUCAUCAUCUCACUUCUGGGAUCCAGUGCCAGGAAACUUCAUUUUUGUAACAGUAAGCUGACCGCUUUGCAGCUCUUACUGGAAACCUCAAAGUUUGUAACAACAGACAUCAUACUGGAUAGAAUUAUUCCAUACAUGCUGAGUUUUGCCAAUGACCAGUUUCCACGAGUGAGAGCUGAGGUGAUUCGAGUGGUCACACAGUGUCUGGUGGACAUAGACUCCAUUCCGAGGAGUGAUGCCAAUGUAUUCCCAGAGUAUAUUUUUCCAAACAUAACUCACUUAACACAGGACCCUGUAGUGAUGGUCAGGGCUGCUUAUGCUGAGAACAUUGCCAAGCUGGCAGAAACAGCUCUCAGAGUUUUGGAGAUGACCCAGAGAAUUGACCUAGAAGAGAAUGAAGAGGAAGAGGCUGUAGAUGGUCUUUUGUAUCAGGCCAAUUAUGACAUAGAGCUCCUCUCCCUACAAGAAACAAUCCAACAGAAGGUCGUGACCCUGCUGAGUGACCCUGACAAUAGUGUCAAACAGACUUUACUAGAGAACGGAAUUACAAAGCUGUGUGUGUUUUUUGGCCGUCAGAAAGCCAAUGAUGUUCUUUUGUCUCACAUGAUUACUUUCCUCAAUGACAAGACUGACUGGCAUUUACGUGGCUCAUUCUUUGACAACAUAGUGGGUGUUGCAGCCUACGUUGGCUGGCAGAGCUGUUCAAUACUGAAGCCUCUCCUGGAUCAGGGCCUGAGUGACUCAGAGGAGUUUGUGAUCCACAAAACAUUGGGAGUUCUACAGGCUCUUACAGAAUUAGGUCUGAUACAGAAAGCUAUGCUGCAAGAGUUUUUGCAUGAAGUUGUCCCAUUUCUAGCACACCCUGGGAUCUGGAUUCGUCAAGGGGCCGUAGGAUUUAUUUCGGCCUUGACCAGAACCUUCAAUAUUGCAGACAUUCACUGUAAAGUCUUGCCUGCUUUACAGCCCUGUCUCAAGAAACCCAUUCUACAGGUGGACAAAGAGAUUUUUCUGCUGAAUGCCCUGCAGAGCCCUAUUCCCCGCUCUGUCUUUGACUACAUACUAAGGGUCAACCAGCCAGACAGAUUGUUCGACAUUCUGAGGGAAAGGCAGUACAUGAGAUCCAUCAGCAGGCAGGGCCACCGCACUAACUACCCAGAGCUAGACGAAUCCAUGUCACAGGUGUUUAAAAAGCUGACUUCCUUUGGAAUGGAUGAAUCACAUGAGGAUAAAAUUCUUGCCAUGAAAGAUUAUGUGAUGAAAUUACACCGAUCCAGAGCAGGGUCUGUGGAUACCAAAGAGGAAAUGAGGGAUUCCCUGGGUGUGUUCUGCAUCGUGGGCCCUGGCAAAGCUAUAACAAGGAGACAUGCUGAACUGAUAAAACAAAAAGAUCUAAAACAACAGGGGGUGGAUUUAACUGUUUCUAGUCGUUCUUCGAAAAAGAGUCUGCCUAAAGACCAAUCUAUCAACAUGAACUCAGAAUGGAAGAGCAUGUUUGGUUCAAAUGAAUCAGAUUCUUCAACAAACAGUAUGUCUCCAAAAGUGAAGACUCUUCAGAAAACUGCAGAGACUCUAGAGAGGAAGUUAAACACUUCCCAGACUCUGAGUCAGUCCUCCUCAUCAUCUGGAAGCUUUGUAACCAUGUCACAGAGUCAGAUGUCAGUGGAGGGGUCAGCUAGGUCUGUAGCAGAGAAAGGCUUGGAGAAAAACCCUACAACAAGGUACAAUAAUUGUAAGAUAGCCCUGAGAAACAUUGUUCAUAAGAAGCGAGAGCUAUACUCAGCUGAGUCUAAAGACUUGCUAGAGAUAGCUUGGGAGAGGAGACCCCCACCCAGUAACUGGAAACCUAAGGGGCUGCUGGUGGCCCAUCUACAGGAACACAGAGGUGCAAUCAACAGGAUACAAGUGUCCUCAGACCAUGCAUAUUUUGCCUCGGCUUCGAAUGAUGGCACAGUUAAGUUAUGGGAGUCGGAGAAAUUGGAGGGGAAUAGCGUGGCUAACCGCUCUAAACAAACCCUCAAAGAGACCUCUGUACCAGGAGAAAAAGUGAAAGGUUUGGUGUUCUGUGAAGCUGCUGGUCCAUCUUUGUCUCUUGCCACAUUCACUGACCUGGGGGCGAUCCACAUCUUCAAGGUAGAGACAGGGAAGGCUACAUGGUACAAGAACCUGAAUGUGGACAAAGUCGACUAUGGGAACAUUGUAGACAUCAACUUCUUUGAUACAGGUGCUCAGUCAGUGUUGUCCUAUGCCACUGUGAAUGGAUAUUUAGUAGGGCAUGAUCUCCGUUCCAACAAGGAAAUCUGGAAGCUCCGGAACGACCCAAAAUCAGGUUUGAUUACGUCGUUUGCUGUUCACCAUUCUCAGUGCUGGUUAGCAGUGGGUACCAGUAGUGGCACGCAUGUCUGUUGGGACAUGAGAUUUCAACUACCCAUCAACUCCAUAGUCCACCCCACUGGUGCUCGAGUGAGACGAUUGAUCAUGCACCCCCAGGAGCAGUCUUGGUUAAUCUCGGCCACCCAGGGAAACAAUGAAGUGUCGAUAUGGGAUGUAGAAACAGGGGCCAGACAAAAAGCUCUGUGGGCAAGUCCUACCCCCACUCUCAGUCUCAAUCAGGCCAGCCACCAUUCUGUAUAUGGGUUACACAUUGCUGUGACAGACACCAACGUCUUUAUGCUUACUGGUGGGUCUGAUAUGAGAGCGAGGUUCUGGGACAUCUCCUACCCCGCCAACUCCUUUAUCCUGGCUGGGGCCGCCAGUGACCCUGUCCAACAGACUGGGGUUAACUACAGAGCCAAAAUUGUGGAUGGAGUGGAAGUGAUUCAGGAAUUCUACACAAAGAAGCAAGUAACUAAUGAUGACACCCCACGUCGGGGCCCAGAGGCCCCACCCCAAGGUCAUCGGAACAUCAUAAGUGAUAUCAACCUAUGUCAGACAUCACAGUGCCUGGUAAUCACUGGCUCCAGGGAUGGCGUCAUCAAAGUGUGGAAAUAGUGAACAACAUUAAAUCUGUGAUUCUGUGUCAGUGAUGUACGUGUGGUAUACCUGUCAAUGAACAACGGAGACUAAAUAAAGAGGAGUAAUAGCGUAUUUUCUGUAAUCACCUGAUGAUUACAAUGGAUAUUACAUAUGUGGACAUUGUUAGUAAUACUGACAAAACUGUGCAAUAUUUGUUUAAUAGAUAAAAAAAAAAUUCAACAUUU